AUGAUGGAUACAAGUUCAUUAAAUAAAGGUAAAAUUAUUUUUCAACUUUUCCUAGUAAUGUUAAUUCGAUGGACAACUAUUACUUGUCAAUUGAAUUUUUACCAUACUGAAGAAGUGAUUGAAGGUAAAUCUUUACAAUAUAACUGUUUGAAUUAUCGGAUUUACCGUGAGGAAUCGGUUGAUUCUGAAUUAUCACAUAUGGUUGAUGAAGUCAUUCCAUUCUGUUUUCGUCCAGAAGACUAUUCCAAACGAUCACUCGACACCUAUGUUAAUCCGCUUUCUCAAAAACUGACUUUCGAAGAAUUACGCCUGGCUCAUAUUACUUCAGAAAAACUUCUCUCGUGGUCAAUUUCUAUUGAUGUAGCUCAACGAUAUCAAGUGUAUUUAAAUGAACCGAAUGCUGAAUCUAAUGAGGUUCUAUACAAUUGCACUGAACCAUGGUUCGGCCCUCGGUGUCAAUAUUCGUUUCCUUCCGGUGGACGUAGAUCUUUCAACAAAAUUGUUGAAGAGGCUUUUGGUAAAAGGACAGCAUUUCCUGAGGCAUCUGAAGCGACAGUACAGGUGUCAUGCUAUGUUCUUCUGGAAUGUCAUCGUAAUGGACAGAGUUGGUGUCUUGAUUGGCGUGAAGUAUGCAAUGGAAUUGUUGAUUGCUUUGAUGAAGGUCUCGAUGAAGAAUAUUGUUCCGAUAUGGAGGCAACUGACAUUGGAGAAAAUGAAUAUCGAUGCCACAAUGGAUUAUGUAAAUCAAGCGAACUUCAAGAAGAGGAUGCAGGCGAUGCCGACCGUCUUCAUCGAUCGAAUGAAGUGUUGGAUGGCUUCAAUAUAAAAUCCUGUUUCCAAGAUCCAACAUUCCGUUGUGAAGAACAUUCUUGCACAGCACAGGAAGGUACGUUUCCGUGUGGAGAUGGCCAAUGUAUUAACGAAUUUGAUGAAUGUUAUAAUGGACGACACAAGUUAUUAAUAGAAUCGAUGGCACCCAAAGGUAAUCUAACAGACGAAUGUCGGAUUGCUAUGAUUUGUCUCACUGGACUCGUCGAGCAAAUUAACGGAAGUUCAUAUAAAAUAUGGCCGAUGAACGGCUCAAUUUACGAGUUCUUCAAACAAUGUGAUUCAUUUUUUCGAUUUCCAACUAUACCAUUUCAUUCUGCUGAUAUUCGUUUCUUUUACGAAAAGCCUUAUUUAAGACGGAAAAUAAAUGAAUUCCUUCUACCUGGUUAUCCUUGGUACAAUCAACAACUCUGUGAUUUUAUUAAGCGAGGAUUGAACAACUUUUCGAUCGGUGAGGCAAAUGGUAAAAUCAAGCGUGAAAAAUGA